AUGGCGGAUGCUCUUGAUAAAUUGGAGCUGCACAUUUUAAACAAAGGUUCUGGGCCCACCUUCGACACCAUUAGAGGUGGGAGAAGGUUUUCCAGCUGCGUCGACAUAACGACUUACUCGACGGACCUUCUCGGAAAAAUUGGGAACUGGAGGCUUUCUGGAGACGUUAUUGGUUCGGAUCACAGGGCAAUUCUGUUUGAGCUCGAACUCGGCAAGGCUGUCGGCAUAGACAUCAAAAGAACAACCAGAAAAUUCAACACCAGGAAGGCAAACUGGAGCGAGUUUCAUACGAAACUAGCUCAGCUUUGGCAAAAUAAAAGUUUGAACGUUACAUCAAUAAAAGAAAUAGAUAGCAAAAUAGUACUGUAA